UCAAUGGCAGCCGGGAAGCUCAUAAGGCAGUCGAUGACGAGUGCGGUGGCUGUGGCGAUGGUUCUAUCUUUGUUUGCUGGGGUUGGAGCUGAACCACAAGUACCUUGCUACUUCAUUUUCGGGGAUUCUCUGGUGGAUAAUGGGAAUAACAAUGCGCUGCAAUCUUUGGCCAGAGCUGAUUAUCUGCCCUAUGGGAUUGACUUUAAUGGUGGACCGACCGGAAGGUUUUCCAAUGGGAAGACUACUGUUGAUGUAAUUGCUGAGCUUUUGGGGUUCGAUGAUUACAUACCUCCCUAUGCUGCAGCCAGAGGCCAAGACAUACUCAAAGGAGUUAAUUUUGCGUCUGCAGCUGCAGGGAUUAGAGAAGAAACUGGACAACAGCUGGGAGGGCGUAUCAGCUUUAGUGGGCAGGUGCAGAAUUACCAAAACGCAGUGUCUCAAGUGGUAGAAUUACUGGGAAGCGAGGACGCAGCUGCAAAUCACUUGAGCAAGUGCAUAUACUCAAUUGGAAUGGGUAGCAAUGAUUACCUUAACAACUAUUUCAUGCCUCAAUUCUAUACCAGCAGCAGGCAGUUCUCAACAGACGAGUAUGCUGAUGUUCUUAUCGAAGCCUAUAGCCAGCAAAUCAAGAAUUUGUAUAACUACGGAGCAAGGAAAUUGGUGCUAUUUGGGAUUGGUCAGAUAGGGUGCAGCCCCAAUGAAUUGGCCCAGAAUAGCCAAGAUGGUUCAACCUGUGUUGAAAGAAUCAAUUCAGCAAACCAAAUAUUCAACAGCAGAUUGAAAUCCCUCGUUGAUCAGGUUAACACCCAGCUUCCAGAUGCAAAGGCCAUCUACAUCAAUUCUUAUGGCAUCUUUCAAGAUGUAAUGAACAAUCCUACAGCCUACGGGUUUUCGGUUACAAACGCUGGGUGCUGCGGAGUAGGAAGGAACAACGGCCAGAUUACGUGUCUGCCCUUUCAAACUCCAUGCGCGAACAGGAGGGAGCACCUGUUUUGGGAUGCUUUUCAUCCAACAGAGGCCGGAAACGCCGUUGUUGCAAGGAGAGCUUACAGUGCGGAAUCUGCAUCGGAUGCUUACCCGAUCGAUAUCCGCCGCUUAGCUCAGAUCUGAAGAUGGACACGCCAAGCUAGUGUAGUGUGGGUCACGAAAUGUGUCGCAAUUAUCAGAGUAUGCUUGUGUUGUGUGUAGCUUUUGUUCCCGAAUGUUACAUAAGAUAUGUAUUGCCUCUCUCAUUUUCCACGUGAACAUGUUAAAUGUUUAUGUUUA